AUGGGGUCGAUGCAGAGCAGUUAUGAUCCCUGGCAAGAACGUCCAUGGAAAGAAACCCCGAGCCUCGAGCAGCGGCAGACACUGCAAUACCUGCGCACGCACUUCACGCUCAAACUAGCCGACAUCAAGCACGACCGGUGGUGGACGCUGAUAACCCCGGCCUUCAGCCACAUCGACCUCGACCACAUCGUGGGGAACCUGAUGGCCUUUUCGGAAUUCUCGAGGAUGCUGCUCGCAUCCGGGAUCCGUCCUCUGCAGUACGCGUUACUCAUCCUCGGCUCCGCCGUUGCAGCACAUGUGGCGUUCUUGUACCAUGCUGCCGCCCAGCGACGGACCCCUCCGCCGUGGUGGUGGGCGCUGCUGUUCCCGCCCGUAGAGGUCGAGGUGCUCGGCCUGUCCGGCGUCAUCAUGGGUUUGGGUGCCGCGCUUUCGCUGGCCGCUUCCAGGGCCAGAGUGGCCGUGUCGCGCAGAAGAUCGCUGCCGGCCUGGUGGCUCAUGCUGGUGUACAUCGCCUACGACACCUGGAAUCUGGACGACCUCUCCGCCGAGGUCGCACACGCGGCACAUCUGGGCGGCGCCGCCUUCGGGGCCGUCUUCUACUUCCUCGCGCUGCGGGGCGGGACGGCGUUGCCGUUCUCCUGGCGUCUGCAGGAGUAA